AUGGUCCCGGCGGGGCCGCCCCGCUCCUGCCUGCUGCUGACGGCCGCGCUGCUGCCGCUGCUGCCGGUACCGGCCCCGGGAGCGGCCCCGGGGCCCCCCGCGCUCACCGACGCCGAGAUCGAGGAGUUCCUGCGGGGCUUCCUCGCACCCGGGGACGGCGGGGACCGGGACCGGGACGGGGACGAUACCGAGCUGGGCUUCGGCACCGACCUCAGCACCGGCACCGGCACGGGCGCUCCGGGGUCGCUGCCGGAGCCGGAGAAACCCAGGAAGGGGAAGAAGGAAAAGCCCCCCAAGAAACCCAAGGAGAGACCCCGGGGGCCCAAAAAGGACAAGGACAAGGACAAGGAGCGGGGCAAGAACAAACCCCCCAAGAAACCCAAGGAGAAGCCACCAAAAGGCUCAGAAAACCCAGCAAAAAGCUCAGAAAAAAACCCAAAAAGCUCCGAAAAGCCCCCAAAAGGCUCUGAAAAGCCCCCAAAAGGCUCCGAAAAGCCUCCAAAAGGCUCUGAAAAGCCCCCAAAAGGCUCCAAAAAGCCCAAGGAGAAGCCACCCAAGGCCACCAAACCCUCUGGCAAGAAGCCACCUGUGGCACCGAGCCCCCCCACUAUCCAACAGCCCUCGCAGGGCAAGGAGGAUGGAGAGAUACCCGAGUUCCUGGAGCCUUCUCACAAGGAGGAGGAGGAGGAGGAGGAGGAUGGAGGUGUCCGAGCAGAGCUGGAGGAGCCCCCAGAGAAGCGCUGGGGGCCGGGCCGGGAGGAGUGGAGCCCUGAGCCAGAGGUCCCCGAGGAGCCGGAGCCCCCCACCCUGGACUACAACGAGCAGCUGGAGCGGGAGGACUACGAGGACUUCGAGUUCAUCCGGCGGCAGCAGAAGCCCCCCAAGCCCCCGGGCAGGAGGAGACCCGAGCGGGUGUGGCCCCAGCCCGAGGAGACACCAGAGCCCGAGGAGCCCCCCCCGCGCCCCCCCCCGCAGCCCCUCCCGCCGCCCCCCCUGCCCGGCCCCGUGACCGAGGGUGACUACGGCGAGGGCUUCGAGCCCCCGGACUACGACGACUGGUCCUACGGGCUGCCCCCCCCCACCAAGCCCCACGAGCACCCGGACAAGGAGGACGGGAUGGAGACGGACGAGGAGAAAAUCAGAGCCUCGAAGCCCAAGAAAGAGGAGGAGGAGGAGGAGGAGCGCUGGGCAGAGGAGAAGGGCCAGGACCGCAAAGGAAAACCCAAAAAACCAGGAGGAAAGAAGUGGGAUCCAGAUGAGGAGGAAUGGGCCCCUCCAGCAGAGAAGAAAAGGUGUCCCCCAAUCGGGCUGGAGUCCCACCGCAUCGAGGACGACCAGAUCCUGGCCUCGUCCAUGCUGCGCCACGGGCUGGGCGCCCAGCGCGGCCGCCUCAACAUGCAGGCGGGCCCCAACGAGGAGGAUUUCUUCGACGGCGCGUGGUGCGCAGAGGACGACAGCCGCGCGCACUGGCUGGAGGUGGACACGCGCCGCAUCACGCUGUUCACCGGGGUCAUCACCCAGGGCCGCGACUCCCAGAUCCACGAUGACUUUGUCACCAGCUUCUACGUGGGCUUCAGCAACGACAGCCAGCACUGGGUGAUGUACAGCAACGGCUACGAGGAGAUGAUGUUUUAUGGCAAUGUGGACAAGGACACGCCGGUGCUGAGCGAGUUCCCCGAGCCCAUGGUGGCCCGCUACAUCCGCAUCUACCCCCAGCGCUGGAACGGGAGCCUCUGCCUGCGCCUCGAGGUCCUGGGCUGUCCCCUCUCGGCUGUCAGCAGCUACUACAGCCAGCAGAACGAGGUGACCUCCACGGACAACCUGGACUUCCGACACCAUUCCUACAAGGACAUGAGGCAGCUGAUGAAGGUGGUGAAUGAGGAGUGUCCCACCAUCACCCGCAUCUACAACAUUGGCAAGAGCUCACGGGGGCUGAAGAUCUACGCCAUGGAGAUCUCUGACAACCCGGGCGAGCACGAGACGGGUGAGCCCGAGUUCCGCUACACGGCGGGGCUGCACGGCAACGAGGCGCUGGGCCGGGAGCUGCUGCUGCUGCUGAUGCAGUUCCUGUGCAAGGAGUACCAGGACGGGAAUCCCCGCGUGCGGGGCCUGGUCAGCGACACCCGCAUCCACCUCGUCCCCUCCCUCAACCCCGACGGCUACGAGCUGGCCCACGAGGCGGGCUCUGAACUGGGCAACUGGGCACUGGGUCACUGGACAGAGGAGGGCUUUGACCUCUUUGAGAACUUCCCCGACCUGGCCUCGGCGCUGUGGGCAGCCGAGGAGAGGCGGCUGGUGCCCCACCAGUUCCCCAACCACCACAUCCCCAUCCCGGAGCACUACCUGUCCGAGGACGCGGCGGUGGCAGUGGAGACACGGGCUGUCAUGGCGUGGAUGGACAAGAACCCCUUCGUGCUGGGAGCCAACCUGCAGGGCGGGGAGAAGCUGGUGUCCUUCCCCUUCGACACGGCCCGGCCCAGCCCCCCAACACCCGCAGCUGCCCCCCGCCCGCUGGACUACGAGGACGAGCGGCCUGAGCUGCAGGAGACCCCCGACCACGCCGUGUUCCGCUGGCUCGCCAUCUCCUACGCCUCGGCACACCUGAGCAUGGCCGAGACCUUCCGCGGGGGCUGCCACGCGCAGGACGUCACCGACGCCAUGGGCAUCGUGCAGGGCGCCAAGUGGCGGCCCCGGGCUGGCAGUAUGAAUGACUUCAGCUACCUGCACACCAACUGCCUGGAGCUCUCCGUUUACCUGGGCUGUGACAAGUUCCCACAUGAGAGCGAGCUGCAGCAGGAGUGGGAGAACAACAAGGAGUCUCUGCUCACCUUCAUGGAGCAGACCCACCGGGGAAUCAAGGGCGUGGUGACAGACCAGCAGGGAGAGCCCAUUGCCAACGCCACCAUUGUGGUGGGGGGCAUCAACCACAAUGUCAGGACAGCCAGCGGUGGGGACUACUGGCGCAUCCUGAACCCGGGCGAGUACCGCGUGUCGGCGCGGGCCGAGGGCUACAACCCCAGCGUCAAGACCUGCCAUGUCCUCUACGACAUCGGGGCCACCCAGUGCAACUUCGUCCUGUCCCGCUCCAACUGGAAGCGCAUCCGGGAGAUCAUGGCCAUGAACGGGAACCGGCCGAUCCGCCGCGUGGUGCCGGGCCGGCCCAUGACGCCCCGCGAGCGGCUGCGCCUGCGGCUGCGCCUGCGGCACCGCAUGCGGCUGCGGGAGCAGCUGCGGCUGCGGCGCCUCAACGCCACCACCACCACCACCGGCAGCCCCACGGGCCCCCCCAGCACCGCCCUGCCCUUCCCCUUCAGCAGCACGGCCUACACGCCCUGGAGCCAGGAGCCGCCCACUGCCGGCACCUGGGAGACGGACACCGAGACAGAGGUUGUCACCGAGCUGGUGACAGAGACGGAGGGCUGGGAGCUGCACACGGGCACGGCGCAGCCCCUCACCACGGCCGAGACCUACACCAUCAACUUUGGGGACUAGGGACACUGCAGUGACCCCUCACUCUGCUCCAAGCCACGGUCGGACGCUUUGGCAUCCGCUUCCAACACCUUCCCUGAGCCCAGGCAGCUGCUCCAGGUGGGCUCCAGCCCCUCACCUCGCUGCUUCCAAGGACUGCAGGCAUUGUUGCCAACAGCUGGCUGCUGUCAGGGACAUGCUACCCCAUCCCUCGGAGCUGGGCAGUGCCAGCCCACUGCCCGUGUCCCAGUGGGGUGGCAGGGUGGUACUGCUCUCCUGGGCAGGGCCCAUGGAGGCGGGCACAGCCUUUCUCCCCUCCAUACAGUUUUUGUUACACAAAUAAAUCAAGUUAUAUUGAUAUGAA